GUGGUGGGGGCUGGGUGGGAGAAAAAGGUAAUUUAAACUUUGCAUUUUGCACGGUAGCGUUUGUGCAGAUGUCCUUUUCCCAGAAGGGUUUCUUGGAGUUAAAAUAGUUGUGGAGUUUGGCGAUAUAAAUAGCCAAAGGGAGAGGGAUUUUAUAAAAGCUUGCAGGGGGGAGAAAGCCUGAUUGGGGAAUAAUUUAGCAAGGAGUGGGUAAAGGAAAAGUGAGGUUUAAUGUCGUUUGAGAGUCGGUUAUCUUUGUACAUUUUAGUAUUGAAGCCCUUUAUCUAGUUGAGUAAUUCUAGAUUGAGAUUCAGUUUCUUUUCCAGAAAUCCAGGCGGUGCUCCCCGCUCCAUUUCCUCUUUAGUGCUGGGCAGUGAGUGUCGGAGAUUAAACAAAUUUUCCUGUCUUUUCAAUAGUUACAUAGAUAAUAGGACCUUUAGAGAAGUUAUGCUGGUCUGGUUUACUGUUUGCAAUGUAAACAAGCUGUCCUUUGACCUUGCUGAACAAUGAAAUGAUAAUUGGAGCUGUAUUGUAGGACUUGACAGAUUAGUAAAAUUGCUUUUUCUGGGUCCUUUAGGUGAAUGGAGGCAGAAGCAGCUUCCUUUGACCAUCUCUUCCCAGGCAUGCAUUUCCGCCCCUUUUCCUCUGUCUGCAGCCAGUGAUUUGCUCCUCACGAACGCAAAGAAAUGGGUGUUGUGUUUGCUUAGUCCACAUGAAUCAUCCCUCCUCUCUGGCAGUAAUGUUCCCGAAGUUUUCUCUUCGUUCUAUAUUUCAUGGAGCUGGAGGAGGGAAUGAUAUUCAAUGGUGUUUUUCUCAGGUGAAAGGAGCAGUUGAUGAUGACGUAGCAGAAGCAGAUAUAAUUUCUACAGUAGAGUUUAAUCAUUCUGGAGAAUUACUAGCCACAGGAGAUAAAGGUGGGAGAGUCGUCAUCUUUCAACAAGAGCAGGAGAACAAAAUCCAGUCUCAUAGCAGAGGAGAAUACAAUGUUUACAGCACCUUCCAGAGCCAUGAGCCAGAAUUUGACUACUUGAAAAGCUUAGAAAUAGAAGAGAAGAUCAACAAAAUUAGGUGGUUACCCCAGAAAAAUGCUGCCCAGUUUUUAUUGUCUACCAAUGAUAAAACAAUAAAAUUAUGGAAAAUCAGUGAAAGAGACAAAAGACCAGAAGGCUAUAACUUGAAAGAGGAAGAUGGAAGGUAUAGAGACCCUACUACAGUCACUACACUACGAGUGCCGGUGUUUAGGCCCAUGGAUCUAAUGGUGGAGGCCAGUCCGCGGAGAAUAUUUGCCAACGCCCAUACCUACCACAUCAACUCCAUUUCUAUCAAUAGUGAUUAUGAAACCUACUUAUCAGCAGAUGAUUUGCGAAUUAAUCUCUGGCAUCUGGAAAUUACAGACAGGAGUUUUAAUAUUGUGGACAUUAAGCCUGCCAAUAUGGAGGAGCUCACGGAGGUGAUCACAGCCGCAGAGUUCCAUCCCAACAGCUGUAACACGUUUGUGUACAGCAGCAGUAAAGGGACCAUUCGCUUAUGUGACAUGAGGGCAUCUGCACUCUGUGACAGGCAUUCUAAACUGUUUGAAGAACCCGAAGAUCCCAGCAACAGGUCGUUUUUUUCUGAAAUCAUCUCCUCAAUUUCUGAUGUAAAAUUCAGCCACAGUGGUCGCUAUAUGAUGACUAGAGACUAUUUGUCAGUCAAAGUUUGGGACUUGAAUAUGGAAAACAGGCCCGUGGAGACAUACCAGGUACACGAAUACCUCAGAAGUAAACUUUGCUCACUGUAUGAAAACGACUGCAUAUUUGACAAAUUUGAAUGUUGUUGGAAUGGGUCUGACAGUGUUGUCAUGACUGGAUCCUACAAUAAUUUCUUCAGAAUGUUCGACAGGAACACAAAGCGGGAUAUAACUCUAGAAGCAUCGCGAGAAAACAAUAAGCCUCGUACAGUUUUGAAACCACGCAAAGUCUGUGCAAGUGGCAAGCGAAAGAAAGAUGAAAUAAGUGUUGACAGUCUAGACUUCAACAAGAAAAUCCUUCAUACAGCCUGGCAUCCCAAGGAAAACAUCAUUGCUGUAGCGACUACAAACAAUCUGUAUAUAUUUCAAGACAAAGUGAAUUAGGCUGGCAUUCUCUGCAGAGGAGCCACUUCCUGCUUAGUGAGAUAGUUGAAUCUAGCAUUCGUACCUAUAAGAGAGCGGUCCAUUGUGGCGUCCCUUUCCAGUGUUUGACAGUGUGCCAUUCAACAACACAUUUGAUAGCCACAUGGAGAAAGCUGUGCGGAUGCAUCCCGGGCUGUUUCCAUGUCUGCUAGCCAUUUAGGGAAGGGAAGGGCACUUUUAAUUUAAUGACUUCUUGCACCAUCUUGCCUGGUGGACUGGACUGGACUGUGUCAGCAUUGAUGUACUCCACUUUUUAUGCCUUCCAUUGUGAUGACGUCAAACACAGUGAACGCCUUCAGUCAUGCUAUGGAAUUUGUGUAUCCUCAUUACUGUAUCAUUUGUGGGGUACAUCCCUCCCCUCUUUUUUAAAUUAAAUACAGCUCAUUCUUACUGUGGCUUGUAGCAUUCCUCCUCUCUGGCCUCCUGGACUCUCCCCUCCAUCUCUUAUCCUUGCCCUUUCCACCUUGUCUCCGUGGUGGCGUAUUAAAAAGGAAGAACGAAAGCACACAAAAUGAGUCAGUUUGGGGUCAGUGGUAAUGGGGGACUAUGUUACGAACAAAUGUUUUAAUAACAGUUGGCUGUAAUCACUCCUUGCCAUGUCUGGCACUGAAAAUAAGGAAAAAAAAAAAACUACUACUGAAUAAAAGUGACAAAGAAUGGAGAA